AUGGAAAAGGCUGAGGAAGUGCUGGAACUAUACCAGCUCGAUUACUCCGAUCUUGUACUGUUAUCUUCCAGAAAUGAAAAUUCGCCGCCCGUUGGAGAAAUCGAGCGGCUGCAGUCCAUCAAAGAAGCGGUGAUGGAAAACCUAGGGCCCAACGGACCGGGGCUCAUCGCAAUCAAGUCAGUCCCCGGUGCUGCCAAUUUCCGGCGAAGUCUUCUUCCUUUGGCUCGCAAGCUUGCUCUCCUCGGCAAUGACGAUCGCAAGCGUAUCCUCAAGGAACAUAAUUUGGGGAGUGACGUUCCUUUGAAGAACUUAGAUCGAAUAGUAUCGUCUUUUGCCAUGCAAUUAAAGUAUAAUGAGAAACUAGGUGAAGACGAUGCCGUUGUUGAAAAUCAUGUUCAGGAUACAUGUAAGAUAAAUGAUGAAUCACAUUUGGCUUUUGGAAACCUUGGUUGUGAAUUUAAGAAGCUAGGGUUUUUAAUGAUGGAUCUUGGACUAUGUCUGGCUCGAAUUUGUGAUCAAGUUAUUGGUGGCCAUGAGCUGGAGCAAAGUUUAUUAGGUUGUGGCACUGCCAAAGGGCGUUUGAUACACUACCACUCAACUCGAGAUAAUUUGAUCAUUAAAGAAGCUGCUAAUAGGAAGGGACGAGCAAAUGGUAAAGUCCAAGCUAAUGGGAUGAUGAAAGUGAACCAUUCCGCAUUGAGUAAGCCAGCAAGAUCACAAAAUUGUGAUGGUGAUAAAUCAUUAUUUCAUAACCAGAAUGUUCGUUGGCAACAAUGGCACUAUGAUUAUGGUAUAUUUACAGUUUUAACGGAUCCCAUGUUCAUGUUACCUUGUGAUAAACAGUGCCUUUCUCCUAAUCGGCAUACAUACUUAAAGAUAUUUCAUCCAGCUGUGAAUAAGAUAUUUGUGGUUAAGGCUGCUCCGGAAAGUUUCAUUGUUCAAGUAGGGGAAGCAGCUGAUGUGUUAUCAAAAGGGAUUCUUAAGGCCACCCUUCAUUGUGUUUCUAAGCCGUUGGAGCUGGAAGACUUAAGCAGGCAGACCUUUGUUGUUUUCUUGCUGCCUGCUUGGGAUAAAACCUUCUCUCUCGCAGAUUAUCCUGUGGAAAGCUUAAAUUCAGUGCGCAGAAAGAAUUCUAAUUUGUUUGACAAGAAAUAUAUUGGUGUUGAGUUCGAGCCGCAGGAUUCGUCUGAUGAAAUUCAUAGCAUAAUUCCACCGCUUUUGUCACGGAUGAGAGAUGGAAUGACGUUUGCGGAAUUUUCAAGAGAAACCACCAAGCAGUAUUACGGUGGUAAUGGUUUACAAUCUAAGAGAUAG